AUGCAACACGCACGUUUAAAUCGAGAACUAUCGAAUGAGACGCCCGUUCGCGGAGGAACCAACACUGGUCCGUUACUUGCAGUACGGACAGAUCUUUCAUCACUGUUCAAUGAUUACGCCAGUUUACAACGACAUGAAAAUGAAAGAUUGGAAGCUUUGGAACGUGAUAUGGCUCUGCUGAAAGGAACUACGAAGCAGAAUUUUGCGGCAACAUCCAGUGAACAUGAAGUCACUCGUACAAAUUCAAUUAAAAAACCAACUAGUUCACAUCCGUCUCCCGUGCGAAGUAUGAGCGCUCCACGUACUCUAUUGACGACGAGCACCCGUAAAUUGUCCUCUGACGAACAAUCUAUAGUUUCUGGUAAUGAUGGGCCUUUUUCACGUCCUUUACCAUUAGCACCGGUUGGUCGAAGCAAAAGUUUUAAUGAUCAUUCAUCACAUCCAGCGUCCGCACCGUUAACAAACAUCUCCGACGAAGCCAACCUUCUUCGAGCAUACAAAGCACAUUUAGAACAAGUUCUACGCAAGGAAGGACCAGCUUUUUCUGAAGUUAAAGUGCCUAAUUAUGUUUCCAUCGAAGAUGUCUUCAAAUCCAACGAACAAUUAUUAGUCGAAAAUGAACGUCUUCGCUUAGAAUUGAAUCGCCUAAGAACAGAAAGUAUUCUAUUAGUUCGAUCAAUGCGACCGACGACGACUGGACUAGAACCAAGCUUAGGCAAUGAACGCAUCAUUGCAGAACGUGAACGUCAAGAAUUAGCAAUUGAAUUAGCACGGCAGGUCGAAGAAAAUAAACGCCUUCGACGAUCAUUGUUAUCACAAUCGGCUAAAUUCGCUACUUUACGUCAAAUGGCGAAUCCAACUGAAUCAUCUUCACAAGCCUUUGUUGAACAUCAGGCUAUUCCUAAAUCUGCUCCUCAAUCGAUAUCAAGUAUAAAUAAACCACUUCAAGCAUCGAAAUCCACCCGAUUUUCUAUUGGUAAUCGAACUUUCAGUCGACCUCGAUCGUUCAAUCAAAAUCCAAAUGAUCCCUUGUAA